GCGUGAAAACCUAAGAAACAAAUAAAUAUUAGGUUUUUUAAUGGUAUCAUCCUUAUAAGUAAACCUUGAAAAUCCCUGAAUCAACUUUGUGACCGACGAAGGAUACCAAAUGAUGCUAAUGAUAAGAUAAAUUAUUUAUAAGUUACUGAAUUCUUUCAUUGCAUGCUGUAGUAGGUAGAAUGUCUCUCAAAUGUUUAUAUUUUUCAGUUUUAAGAAUAAGUCGCAAAAUGUUAAUCGCACAAAUAUUGCUUUUGAUUUGCAUCGUGUGUUAUUUGACUGCGAAACCUUUAAUUAAGGACACCAACUGUCCUGCACAAGAUCCAGCUGUUAUCAAUUUUCAAAAAUAUUUGCGAAUUGACACAAGUCGAAGUGAAAAUUUAUAUAAAGCUGUAAAUCUAUUACAAUCGCUAGCUACUGAUAUCGGCCUGGAGUUUGCGGUCUACGAACCAGCCGGCAAGCCGAUAUGCGUCCUAACUUGGCCCGGGACAGAGUCCUCGCUGCCUAGCAUCAUGCUCAACUCGCAUGUCGACGUCGUGGAAGCUGACGGUGUUGGCUGGAUGUAUCCACCAUACGCGGCCCACAUCGAUGAACACUGUAACAUUUAUGCACGUGGCGCGCAAGACAGUAAGGACCUUGGCAUCCAAUACAUAGAAGCGAUACGGAGGUUAAAGAAUCAAAAUGUUACACUGCAGCGCACAAUACACGUAACGUAUAUGCCUGACGAAGAAAUUGGGGGAUUUCAAGGAAUGCGAGAAUUUCUGAAGAUGAAAAAGUUUAAAGAACUUAACGUUGGAUUUGUAUUAGAUGAAGGUCUCGGCAGCCAAUCGGAUGAAAAUUUGUAUGUGACAUAUCAAGACAAGCGAGCAUGGUCAAUGAAGUUCACAGUCGAGGGUAUAGGUGGUCAUGGAUCUUUUAUGCCAAAAGAUGUUGCAGUAACAAAGUUAAAUCGAUUGUUAAAUGUUAUGAUCGAUUAUAGGACAUCUCUAGAAGAAGCCAUGAAAUCGGUAAAUCAACUGCAUUCUGGACCUUAUACUGCUAUGAACAUAAAUAUGAUCAAUGGUGGAUAUGCACCAAAUGUUAUACCAAGUUCAUUUAGUUUGGUAGCAGAUAUGAGGCUUGCAACGACCGCAAAUGCUACGGAAAUGUUAUCUUUGGCAAAAUCCUGGGCCGAGUAUGCUGGUAAUGGAACCAAACUUGAGUUUUUAAGACGAGAAAUGGACGCAUUGGCAACACCCGUGGACAAUAGCAAUCCAUACUGGAUAACGCUGAGGGAUACUGUUUAUGAUCUAGGCUUCAACGUCACUCCUAUCGUUCUGCCGGCCACUUCGGACAGCUUAUUCGUUAGGAACUACGGAAUACCUGCUUUCGGUUUCGCACCACUAUUCAACACCGUCCAAAGGAUCCACAACACUAACGAGUAUAUCAACGUUCACGUCUUUAUGAGGGGCAUCGAAGUUUAUGAAGUACUUAUAAAAAAUUUAGGCAACCUUGCAUCUGUAAUCAAUUUCAAGUAAUAAUGAUGAUUUAUGUGUUUUUUUAAAUAAAAAACAUACUUUAAAUAUAUUACAUUAAAAUAAUAUAUUCCCAUACAAUAAUAUAGAUAAAUAAACCGUUUACAAAAUAUCCCAAAACGGCGCAAAUUUGUAAAAAACAUACCAAUUAUGGAAUAAUAUCUGCACUGGGCCCGCGCCGCGUGGUGGUGAAUGGCCCAAUCUCCCUUUUCCAUCCAUAGGUAUGGCUUGUGCUCCUGCAGUGCGGGGACAUUAAUAGGCUGAUGAUGAUGAUGAAAAAAUAUUACAUGAAAAUAAAUAUAUAUAUAUAAAAAUAAGGCCUAAUCAUUGUGUAUAUCAACCUACUAUUAUUCUGAAGAAAAAACCUACACCUAAUCAUAUAAGGACUUACACAAAAAUAUUGACAUAUUCGUUUUCAAUUAGGUAUUUUCUGAGCUACGGUUAUAACUUGUAACAUAUUUUUUAUAACCAGCUACAUUUAUAACCACAGCACACGAUAAAAUAUUUUCCCUAUUACCUGGGUAACAGUUGAUAAGCUGGCUACACAAUUAUUGACACAAUAGCAUCCUAUCAAAUUGAGAUAUACACACUCCAGUAAAUGCAGCAACUAAUUCCGCAUUUACGAAGCUGGAGGCCUACUCUAUUUCAAAG